GGUCUUCUGGCUUCAACCCAGGGACCUCUUCUGCUUCAUUGAGUCCAUCUGCCAGCCGCCUUCCUCUUUUGUGACUUGGGGUCACAGCACAAAGCACGGAGCAUCACAGUCAGAGAGAACUCAAUGUCUAAGAGAGGAGAGUGGCCCGUGGAUUAGCUGGAAGACCUUGAGGCAGAGGUGCCCAAGGCCAUGGCUGAUGCCAUCACCUAUGCAGACCUGCGCUUUGUGAAAGUGCCCUUGAAGAACAGCAUCUCUAACCACUUAGGACAGGACUGUGAGGCCUAUGAGGAUGGAGAACUCACCUAUGAGAAUGUGCAAGUGUCUCCGGUCCCAGGAGGACCAUCAGGCUUGUCUUCCCCUGCACGAGUGGACAAAGCAGGCGUCAGGUCAGAGCAGCCAACUGCGUCAUGGAGCUCCGUGAAGUCGCCGGCUGGAGGGCGGAUUCCCCGUUGUCCCACAGUCGGCUUGCAAUACUUCUUGCUGGGCCUUCUCCUGGCCUGUCUGAUGUUAGGGGUGGCUGCCAUCUGCCUGGGAGUUCGCUAUCUGCAGGUGUCUCAGCAAUUCCGGCAGGUAACCAGGAUUUUGGAAGCCACCAACAGCACCUUGUGGCAGCAGCUCAGGCAGAAGACAGCUCAGCUGGGGCAGAAGGAGGUGGAUCUGCAGGAGUCCCAGACAAAGCUGACCCUGAGUCAGAGCACUUUACAGGAGAAGCAGAAAAUCCAUGAAGCCACUGAGCAGCAACUACAAGCCUGUCAGUCUGAGGGACAGAGGACCAAGGAGAAUUUGGAAAGGGAGGAGCAGAGGAGGAGGGACUUGAACCAGAGGCUGAUCAAAGUUCAGGACACACUGAGGAGCCGCCUCUCUUGUUCUUCAGACACCUGCUGUCCGCUGGGAUGGACACGAGAACAGGGAAGAUGCUUCUAUAUCUCAAGCACUCUCAGAAGUUUUGAGGAGAGCCGAAAAUACUGCAUAUCUCUGUCUUCCCAACUGGCAACAUUAUGGACACUUGAUAAGUAUUCUUACUCAAGCUACUCCCAUUGGGUUUCUCUGCCCAGCAGCUUAAAGAAGUUGCUAAAUGAUGCAAAGUCAUAUUGGAUCCAGCAGACUGAAGAACACUAUCAGCGAGAUGAGAUUUCGAGCCCAUACUGCAGAAAACUAGAAAAAUUUAAAGAGUCAUGGAUGAGUUUUUCAUCAUUUACGUGCACAGAGCUUUAUCCCUGCAUUUGUGAGUUGGAAGCUUUCCCGUUUCCUGGUGGAGAUCACCUGCACUGA